UUGCUAUAUAAUGUAUUUAGUCAUAGGUCCUGUUGCAAUCUUUCGACCUUGUUCUGGCCCCAAAUAUUAAACACCAAAAGUAAACAACCCAAAACAAUAACUAUUCAAUUCAAAGUUGCAGCUUUUGUUGCAAUGAAAUAACCACCUUGUAGCAGCAUCCAACAACCUCUGGUACUUUCAAGAUCAUAAUAUGAAUACAAAAAUCAUAUUAAUGAACAGGUACAAUGAAUAACCUCACAUAAAACGUGCUUCUUUCAUCACAAAAAAAAAUGUACCCAAUUCAGAAAAAAAUCCUCUUUUUCGUUUUCUCUUUGGUUGGUUUCUCAUCAUUACUACCGUCCAUUCCCAACUUGAAAUCUCUUACUCAAUUCCUCCUUCAUUCACUGUCUAGGAUCCCACCACAUUAUAAUUCCUAGUGGGGGUCACACGUUCUUUUUCCUCUUUCAUAAACUACCUGCUUUACUCUUCCCUUACCUUGCCCGACCUUACCUUACCCCCACAUAGUACUAGUAGUGGUCACUAGGAACAAAGCAAACCCCCAUCUUCCUUCCUAGCUACUACUACCACCCCAAGCUGGGCAUCAUUUGCUUGAGGAAGAGCCGGGGAGACAAUCUAUCCAUUUCUUAUUUUUCAUCUUUUUUCUUUUUUUUUUUAUUUAAAUUUUAAACCUGCUUCCAAAGUCUUGGUAAUUAUUUCUUUUUGGUGUGCGUUUGUGGGUUUCUUUAGUCGGUUUCAUUUCUUUUCUGUUACCAUCCAUAAUUAGGACUACGACAUCCCUUUGCUUUUUUUUUGGCAUCUGUUGGCAUUCUUCUCUCGUUUUCCUUGUAUUUGUAAUAAAUAGCCAAUUUCUAAUAAACUCUCCAUCACAAUUACAGUUUUUUAUUUGUCUCUGUGCUCUGACACCGCGACUUGCUAAACAAAUUUGAUUCCUAUUUCUCUCAGACCUUACAUUUCCCAUUCUUUUCUUGAUCUCUUUUACGUUGUUAUCUUUUCAAAUUCCCUAUAAUGAAGUUUUACAUCGAUGACCUUCCUGUGCUCUUUCCCUAUCCCCGUAUAUACCCUGAACAGUACCAAUAUAUGUGCGAUUUAAAGCACUCUCUAGACGCUGGUGGUGCCGCUUUACUAGAGAUGCCUUCAGGAACCGGAAAGACUAUUUCCUUGUUGUCUCUGAUUAUCUCUUAUCAAUCCCAUUACCCCGAGCAUCGCAAACUUAUUUAUUGCUCCCGUACCAUGUCGGAGAUUGACAAAGCUUUGGCAGAAUUGAAGCGACUUAUGCAAUACCGUACCUCUCAGCUUGGCUAUGAAGAACCAUUUCUUGGUCUCGGUUUGUCCAGUCGUAAAAAUUUAUGUCUCCAUCCCUCUGUACGCCGCGAAAAGAACGGAAACGUUGUUGAUGCACGUUGCCGAUCUAUGACUGCCGGUUUUGUCAAGGAGCAAAAACAAGCCGGCAUGGACGUGCAGCUAUGUGAUUUCCAUGAAAAUUUGGAGGACUUGGAACCCCAUAGUUUGGUCCCAAAUGGCGUUUGGACUCUUGACGAUAUUACUGACUAUGGUACAAAACAUGUUCGCUGUCCUUACUUCACCGUCCGUCGAAUGCUUCCUUUUUGCAAUGUUAUUAUCUAUUCCUAUCACUAUUUAUUGGACCCAAAAAUUGCUGAACGAGUUUCCAAAGAACUUAGUAAAGACUGCAUUGUUGUUUUCGAUGAGGCUCAUAAUAUCGAUAACGUAUGUAUAGAAUCUCUUAGUAUCGAUUUGACUGAUUCCUCUUUGCGAAAAGCUACCCGCGGUGUACAAGCUCUGGAACAAAAGGUAAACGAAGUUAAGCAGUCUGAUGCGAAAAAACUUCAGGAUGAAUAUCAAAAGCUCGUAAGCGGUCUUCAAGGUGCUAAUACCGCUUCCGAUGAGGAGCAAUUCAUGUCAAACCCCGUCUUACCCGAGGACCUAUUGCAGGAAGCUGUUCCCGGUAAUAUUCGCCGUGCUGAGCAUUUUGUUGCCUUUUUAAAGAGAUUUGUUGAAUAUCUAAAGACUCGUAUGAAAGUUCUUCAUGUAAUUGCUGAAACCCCGACUUCUUUUUUGCAACACGUAAAAGAUUUGACAUUUAUUGAUGCAAAACCGCUUCGAUUCUGCGCUGAAAGAUUAAACAGUCUCGUCCGUGCAUUGCAAAUUGCCGCUGUUGACGAUUUUCAAUCGUUACAACAAGUUGCAACCUUUGCUACUCUCGUUUCUACCUAUGAACGCGGUUUUGUCUUAAUUUUAGAACCAUUCGAAACUGAAAAUGCUACCGUGCCCAACCCGAUUCUUCAUUUUUCCUGUUUAGAUGCCGCUAUAGCCAUCAAACCCGUAUUUGACAGAUUCCGUUCCGUAAUCAUCACAAGUGGUACGCUGUCUCCCCUUGACAUGUAUCCGAAAAUGCUUCAAUUCAACUCCGUUAUUCAAGAAUCUUACGGUAUGUCUUUGGCAAGGAACUGUUUUCUGCCUAUGGUCAUAACCAGAGGCGGUGAUCAAGUUUCCAUAUCAUCCAAGUUUGAAGCUCGUAAUGACCCAAGCGUCGUUAGGAAUUAUGGUAACAUAUUGAUCGAAUACUCAAAAAUAGUUCCCGAUGGACUAGUCGCAUUCUUUCCCAGUUAUUUAUAUUUGGAAAGUAUCGUCUCCAGCUGGCAAAGCAUGGGUAUAUUAGACGAAGUGUGGAAAUACAAAUUAAUUUUAGUAGAAACCCCAGAUCCGCAUGAAACGACUUUGGCUUUGGAAACUUACCGUGCAGCGUGCAGUAAUGGCCGUGGUGCAGUGUUACUUUCUGUAGCCCGAGGAAAAGUUUCGGAGGGAGUCGAUUUUGACCAUCAUUAUGGAAGAGCUGUCAUUAUGUUUGGUAUUCCUUACCAGUACACAGAAAGUAGGAUUCUAAAAGCCCGUUUAGAAUUCUUAAGAGACACGUAUCAAAUUCGGGAAGCCGAUUUUUUGACCUUCGAUGCCAUGCGACACGCUGCUCAGUGUCUAGGCCGUGUAUUACGUGGUAAAGACGAUCAUGGUAUCAUGGUUCUGGCCGACAAGCGUUACGGUCGGUCCGAUAAACGGACGAAGUUGCCCAAGUGGAUUCAGCAGUACAUAACGGAGGGUGCUACAAAUUUGAGUACCGAUAUGUCUAUCGCGUUAUCUAAAAAGUUUUUAAGAAGUAUGGCACAACCGUUCACUACCGCUGAUCAGGAGGGAAUAUCCUGGUGGAGUUUCGAGGAUUUACAAAGUCAUCAAAAGAAAAGUCUUAAAAUGAAGACAGCUGAAACUGAAAAACAUGACGAAGAAAUGGAUAUCGACAUGACAUAAAUCAAAUGAAUUAUGAUAAUUUAUCACUUGUAUACUAGUUUACUUAAUGAGGAAACCCCAAAUUUCAAAACUUUAUCAAGAAAAAAAAAAAAAUAAAAAUAAAUCAUGAAAAAUGAAACCUCUAAUAAUGAUGGGUAUACUGUACGAAAUUGUUUUGUAUCCAACCAAAC